ACCGAUGAUUUUGUUUCUCAUGUAUAUAGAAACUCUCAACGCACGAACAAUUGCCGAACGGACGGAUUAUGACUUUGACUAUGAGGGAUCAAACACCGACUCAGUCCAGUCAUCGAAAUCCGGCUACAGCGUGGGCAGUGGUUUACGUUCGAUCGCCCAGGGUUCAGCGGAUCAAGCUAACAGUGCUGUGGCCAAUCAGAUAACCGCCGCGAAACAAGCGUCGUAUGUGGCACAAAAUACUCUGGCACAGGCGGCUGUCCAGGCUGCAGCCACGGCACAAACUGCACUAGCCGGGAAACAGGUCCUUUUGCAGAGCUUAGAGCAGCAGACCCUGGAGGCGCAUCAACUGCUGGACAGUGAAAUUCGGCAACUACAACAAGCGAAGCGGGCCGCCAAGAUUGCACAGUUCGCUGCUCAACAGGCCCAGAAUCAUGUGCAUGUACUGACAACGGCACUCAACAGUGCACAAAUAGCAUCCGAGCACUCGCAGAAGGCGGCCGCCGAAGCCGCAGUUGAACUGGCCUCCCAAACAAAGAUGGUUGGCGAUGCCAAGGCCCGAGUCGAGUCUAUCGAAGAUCAACUCAAAGCGGCUCGGAUAGACUACGAAGCAACCCAGGAGGCGACCCAGAAGGCCACGUACUCUGCUCAAGAGGCACAGAAGAAUGCGGCCGAAGCGGCAGCUCAUGCGUCGAUUCCAUUGCAAACGGCGACCGCACAGCUCGAUGGGCACCAUUUGGGGUCGAAGCGUCGAUACGCCCAGGAAGAUGACAUAAACAGCGGUGAGAUUUGA